AUGCGCAUACAACACAGAGGGAAGGUGUGUAUUUAUAUCUCGUGUUUGUUUGAAUCUAGGUAUUCAAACCGUGUGCGUUUCCAUCCCUGGCUUUGUUUUAUAUUUAUAUAUUUUAUUACUUUUGAUAUUUUGUAUUUAAAUCUAAGAUAUAAAAUCUUGCGAUUUUAUAGAUAGCAUUUGCGGAAGGACCCCCAACUGUUGAAGAACCUCAGUCUUCGAUGUCAACAAACGUGAGUAUUUUGUAUUUUGAAACGUAUAAUUCUCUUGGUGUAUUUACAACUAAAUAAUAUCUACAUUUAUAGAUAACAUUUGUGGAAGGACUUUCAACUGGUGAGGAACCCGGACCUUCAACCUCGAAAAAAAUAAAAGAGGCGAGUGUUUUGGACUUUGGAACAGACUUGUAUCAUAUUGCAUGCAAUAACGUGAGACUUUAUUUCAAGGCAAAUUUCAGUGGUCAUCCAAACCCAUAUACUAAUGACAGUUUCUUGUGUUGUAAACAUACAAAAGGGCUAAUUCAAGAAUGUAUUUUUGUCUUUUAUAGCAUGGGGAAUGCAGCAAUUGCAAAGCUUUGUUGCUAAAAAAUAAGAGGCUCAAGAGUGAUUGGCUGUCUGCAAAAAACAAGCUUGAAGUUUGCAGAAUGCAAAUUGCAAAAAAUUCAGGUAAGUCAUAUGUACUGAUUUCGUUUGGCCUUACAUUACUGCAAUUUCAUACCCAGAGCAAUAGGAUCAACCUACACUGUAGCCUCUGGGUAUAAGAUUGCACAUACUGUAGAGAUCAUAAAUCAUGUAGUGAUCCAGCACCAAUAAUUAACCAUAGUAACAAACUUUUUAUGAUCGUGAAAAAACACAGGAGAAGAAACUCAUCCCAGUACAGCGUCAAGAUGUGAUCUCACAACAAUCGUAAGUGAUGAUGAACAGUGCAGCUCAGACAUUGGAAUACCUCCAUCAGAUGAUUUCCAUGAAGAGGAUUGCUAUGAUGAAGAAACACCAGAAGAAUCAACAGAGACUGAGACAGAUGAUGAGACAAAUCCGCAACAUAAAAGGUGAGUGGACAACCCUGAUAAUAAAUGUAAACAUAAUGCAUAUGAAACAUUCCACAAAAAUGACUGGACAUGAAAGACUAUGUACCAUAUUGAUGAGUAGAAAUAUCAGUAUGUGGAUACACAACUUUAUAACAGACUAUAUAUUCUGCAAGAGUAGUUGACACAACAUAAGCUAUAAGGAGUCACUGAAAUAAUUGAAACAAAUUACUUUUUUAGAAUCUUUUUGAAUGAUUCCAAUUUGAGAAGAGAGCCAAAGUUCAUUGUGUUCUUUACACAGUUACUCGCUCUCUUCAAAUUUUGCCAUGCCUGCAAAUGUGACAACCCUCUUGUCGAAGUCCAAGAAAAUGGUACGAUGGCCGAAGUGACCUCCAUAUGUGCCAACCCGAAGUGUGGCAAGACAACCAAGUGGUUCAGUCAACCAUAUAUGACAGGGACAAUGAUUCCAGCUGGCAAUUUUUUGCUUUCAUUUGGUAUACUUGUUGCUGGUACAUCAGCCACCAAAGUCCUGAGAGUAUUCCAGCAUAUGGGAUUGAAAUGCAUCUCACUUUCAACCUUCUUCAAGCAUCAACGUGUGAGUGUACUGUAGCAAUAAAUAUUUAGCUGACAAUAUGCCUUUUAUUUUACCCUGUCUAACUGCAGAUGAUUUUACUUGUCAGUGGUAAAUUACUGCAAGUUGAUGGGUUUACUUACAUGGAUAGUUAGGUACACGGUUCCAAGAGAGUUUUGCAGUGUUUUAUAGUACUUGUAUAUCAUAUUUGUAGGAAAAAUUAUUUCCUGGGAUCUUCCUCCAUUGGAAAAAGUAUCAAGAGGGAUUGAUUUCAACAUUGAAAAGCCAAGGUGAUCUGAUGAUAGCUGGUGAUGGAAGGCAUGACAGCAUGGGUCACAGUGCCAAGUACUGUGCCUACACAGUAUUUUGUUGUACAGUGCCAUUUAUCAUUCACUUUACAUUGGUGCAGGUAUGUUAAAAAGUACAAAUUGUAGGAGACUAAGACCACUGUCUUCAGGGGAAAUUUGCAAUCAUCCGAAUGGAUUAAGGCAAAAACAUGUUCUGAUCUCCAUCAAGAAUAUACCUUUACACAAUUCAAUUUUUUAUUUAUAGAGAAAUGAAGUUGGUAGCAGCACUGCAAUGGAGUACCAUGGGUUUGUACAGGCUAUGGAAUAUCUUCUGGGCACUGGCUUACUCCUGAAAACUUUCAUUUCUGACAGACAUUCAGGAAUUGCUAAACACAUGAGGGAAAAGCUGGCAAGCAUCAAACAUUAUUUUGAGGUUUGGCAUCUAAAGAAGAGUAUGUUGUUAAAAUAAUAAAUGAGUUUUUUACUACUCUAUAAUUGCAAGCAUACUAGAGCCGUGUUUACACUACGAGCAUAAACCUGGCCUGGGCCUACCUUUGGACGUGAUUUUUGUAGUGUAAACGUACUUCUGCCUGGCCUAGGGCAAGAAUUCUGGGCCCAUCAAAACAGGUAGUCCAGAUUUCCUGGCCAAAGUCUGUUUAUACUACAAAAAUCACAUCCAAAGAUUGGCCCAGGCCAGGUUUAGGCUCAUGGUGUAAACACGGCUUAGGUAAUUUCAUUUUAAACUGUCAGGAGGAUUGGGGGGGUAUUAUGUGAAUUCGAGUGAAAUGUUUCAGAAAGGCCAUCAAAUUUAUCUACUAGAAAUAUGCUUUGGAAAUAUGUCACUGAAUUACAACCUGUAUUUUGAUUUGUAUAUUCUUGUGUUUUAGAAAUCACCAAAGUGUUGACAAAGAUUGGAAAAGUGAGUGGAAAUGAGAUUGUGAAUGAGUGGAUUAAACCAUGUGCAAACCACUUAUUUUGGAGUGCGAUGACAACACAAGAUGGAAAUGGCGAUGUUAUUUGGGCUAAGUUCACAUCAUUCUUCAGCCAUGUUGUUAACAAGCAUAAAAAUCUCAAAAACCCUGUAUUUGACAAGUGUGCACAUGGAGAUGAGAUUCAACCACGCAAGUGGCUAGAUGAAGGUGAGUAGCUACAAUGUACUGUAUAUCUGUGAUACACUGAUACAGUAUGGUAACUGUUCUAUAUAGGCCCUCUGGGAUCUAUAUAGAUGAAUAAUAGCAUAUGUUCCUAACUUGCAGGCACAAUUAUAGUUUCAAUUGUAUAAUAAAAAUGUUCUUGUAAUCUCCAUUAUAGACUCCAUUGCAUAUGAGAAAAUGCUGGCUGCCCUUACAAAUACCAAGUUGAUGAAUGGUAUAAAGAAGGCAUCUCCUUUUGGUCAGACAAGUGCUCUAGAGGGAUUCCAUUCAGUGCUUAACCAAUUUUCGCCAAAAAUGAUUGGCUACAGCUAUCGAGGAAUGUUUUGCAGGUAUGGAUACAUUAAACAUUGGGUUAUUCCAGAAAAGAUCCACCCCACCCCCCACCCCCACCCCCGGAGGGAAGAAAAAAUUGUUUCUGAUAGUAGUAAAUGUAUUAGGACAUCCGAAGGGGGUAGGGGGGUUAACUUCCAAUUUCCUCUGUGGGGGUGGUAUGGAUGUUUUCUGGAAUGACCCAUUAUGGCAGUGAUUUUGCAUGUUUUAUAUAUUUAACAAGGCAAUUUGCUUUGAAAUAUUUAGGCAUGCACUUGCUGUUAUUCAUUUUAACAAAAAUUUAAAUCGGAGCAACAGAAUGAAGAAUGGCGUUGAACAACUUCAUGUUGUGUACCCAAAAUUCAAGAAUGGAGAGGCUGUGGUUAGGAAUGUAAAGGUGCAGCAAAAUUUUGGUAUGUAUAUCACAUUCUCUUCACACUCCAACUGUCCAACACUUUUUACUGAGUAGAAAGAUCUAUAUUUGUACAAGUCAGAGGUGCACAUAGCUUAUUGACCAUCUAUUUGGCACUCCUAUAAUAAUUACAUUGUUAUAUUAUUGCCUUUCUUGAAGAUUAUGUCGAUGAAAUAUAUGAGACAAUGAUUGAUGCAAUCUUGAACAAAAAAUUAAAGAAGGCAAUUAAAGAAUUAAAAGAUUUAACACCACCCCCAAUGAACAAAAUGCUUGACCAGCAGCCACGUACCGAGGCCAUCAAGAAGAAGAAAAGAAGGGAAAGCAUGCCCAUUGUUGAUGUGCCACCAACAAAUCCUGGUAGGUUGGUUUACUUGCUCUAGUAGCCUUAUAUUUAAUGCUAAGUUAAUUAACGGUAUAUUUACAUGCUGCGAUUUAUCAUACAUGUAUGAUUUGUAUUACUGCAUGAAAUUACUGCUGGCGCCAUCAUUCCUCAACAUGUAAACAUACAUUAAUUCGUCAUUAUUAUUGUUUUUCACACAUUUUAGUGCCUGCUGUUGUGGUUUCAAAUCCUGGUGACAGUACAAGAAGCAAGCCAAAAUGCAAAGCAUGCAAGAGACCAAUGAAAGGCCACAAAAAGUUUAAAGAUUGCCCCAAGAACCAAAAUAAAUAA